CAGAAUUUGGACUUAACUACUUUCACAUACAGGUAAAACUUGAAAAAUAAGAAUAUGAUGCAAAAAUCGAUUCAUUUCAGUAAUCCAGUUUAGACUGCGAGACCAUUGAAAGGCUCAGGAACACUGCAGAUGUUCUGGAUUCAUUAGCUGAUUAGAGACCACUUUGAUUCUAGAAUGUUGAACAUUUUCACAAUAUAAUAGAGAUUUUGAAUGUGGGGUAUUCAUCAGCGGUAAGCCAUGGUCAUCACCAUUAGGAAAAAUAAAGGGUAAAAUCUCUGGCUUUGCAUGUAAUGAGUCUUAUGUCAAAUAUUAGUUUCACCUUUUAAGUUGAGUUACUGAAAUGUAUUUUAAAUGAAAUGCACCACUUCUAAAUGAAAGCUCAAAUUAAAGAUGCAUAAAGUCAGACAAGAUGCAAAAUACUAGAAUAUAUUUACACAAUUUUAAAGAUGUAUUUUAUUUUGUGUUAACAGUGAGUCAGCAGAGUGAAUAUUAGAAACGGUCACCUGAAGCCUGGAAACAUCUCACCAAUAUGAAAAAGGCAAAAGGGCUGGGCCUGAGUUGAUGACUUUUCAGAUUUUUUAUGUAUUUGUCUUAUUAGAUGUGACAUUUUAAAAAAAAGUGGUAUUUAAAUUAGUUUAGAUUCUUUCCUUUUAAAUUUCAUCAUUUGCACAAAUGUUUUAGUUUUUGAACAUUGUUUUUAAAACCUCACAACUUUGACAAUUUUGCAUCUCUCCCUUAUAACUCCUCACUUCCUUUGGCAUUGGUGUUAUUCUGUUCUAGAAAACACAUGAAAUGUGUCUACGUACACUCACUAUAAAUAUUUUGCACAACUAGCAUGACUCGGCACAAAUACUCACACUGGGUGGUGUCUGCUCUAGUACCGAAUUGUUUGUUUUACACCUCUGAGCAGUGUUUGGUAGAGCUCAGUUAUGCGGUGUAAGACGAAUACAAAUAAAUAAAUCAAUGAGCACUUCAAAUGUUGAUUUUAAGGCAAAGCUACCUUUAGUAGCUUUGAUGGAAACAAAAUAGUAAAUGUUCAUUUUUCUGACAAAAAAAAGUGAAAAGUGAGGAUGAUGGUGCUGAAUUAAUUAAACACGUUUAAGCCCCAUAGAUGGGUCCAGUCUGACUGGAUAAUAAGUAGGGGCGUGGCUUCAGCUCAGCUACACCGCAGAGCAAAACAAGCGCUCCUCCUCACAGCUCAGCUGCUGAAUCACAAGUGAAUGGAGGUCUUGCUGCUCCAGGAGGAUGGGGGAAACCAGACAGCUGUUCUUCCGACAACUGUUCGAGAAGGAAAGCUUCACCUACACCUACCUGCUGGCCGACAAAAGCACCAAAGAAGCCGUCAUCAUCGAUCCUGUGCUGGAGACCGCAGACAGAGAUGUGCAGCUUGUGAAAGAGCUGGGGUUCAAGCUCAAAACUGCUGUAAACACCCACUGCCAUGCAGACCACAUAACAGGCACGGGGGUUAUGAAGAAAAAACUGGACACGAUGAAGAGUGCCAUCUCCAAGCACAGUGGUGCAAAAGCAGACAUUCAUUUGUCAGAGGGGGAUAAGAUCAACUUUGGACAAUUUUUUCUGUCAGUGAGGGAAACACCGGGACACACUGAUGGGUGUAUCACUCUGGUGUUGAAUGAUGAGAGCAUGGCUUUCACCGGGGACACCCUGCUCAUUAGAGGCUGUGGCAGGACAGACUUCCAGCAGGGUUCCCCUGAAAAGCUCUACCAGUCAGUCCACUCAAAGAUCUUCACCCUGCCUGCUGAGUGCAUUCUUUAUCCAGCACAUGACUACGAGGGUCAGACGGCCACGACAGUCACCGAAGAGAGCACAUACAACCCCCGCUUGACCAAGAGCUUGAAAGAGUUUGUGGACAUCAUGGACAACCUGAACCUUGCUCAUCCAAAGAAAAUUGAUGUUGCCGUGCCUUCUAAUCUGCUAUGUGGAAUACAAGAUCUCUGAAUGUCCCGCAACAGAAAAUAUUCAAAUGAAUUAGAUGCGAUGAUGUUAAACUCAUUUUCAUAUCACAUUUUUAGCUGGGAUGAACAAAAAGGGCUUAUUUUCAUUUGGGUUUUCAUAAAGGUGGCUACUUGAGGUUCAUUAUUGUUGUUUAAAAAUGCACUUAUGUCUGUUUUAUUGUACAAUGUUGAAAUCUCUGCUUUGUUUUUAAUGUGUUAAGUUAAAUGUGAAGAUGUGUUUUAACUGAAUGUGUUGAAGUUAUGAGAAAGCGUGCAUGUUCAUGCAUCAUUCAGCGACCUGCACAUGAACCUGAACUGGUGUUUAUCAACACAUUCAGACCGGAUUUAACUGGAUUUUGUAUAUUUGUACUUCUCUACUGUCUUUAUGAAAGUACUCUGAGAUGACUUGGUAGUAUUUUUUACUAUAUGAAUAAAACUGGAUUGAAUUUA